AUGGAGUUCAUCAACCCGCCUCCGUUUGGGGCCGUCGGUGAUGUUAGCAAGAACCCAACAUACGUGAUAGGCAGCGUGGUGGAAGUUUCUUGGACUCCGGGAGAAGAAGGGAAACAAACGUCACUGACACUGUGGCAACUAAAUGCCACCACGGGCGAAUACUUCGGCUCGAUGCAAUACAUUACCCGUAAGGUCGUGGACGUAUCGACAUUCACUUGGAUCGUGGCCACAACCAAGGACCUCUCGGUAUCCAACAUGUUCUUCCUGAGCAUCUUCGAGGAAGGGAAAUCCAGUGCCGACGCCAACAGCCACUAUUUCAACCUCACGGCGAAUAGCAACAUACGGCCGACGGCGGCCUCUGAAGGAAGCACAAGUGCCUCCAGCAUCACUAGGACGGCAGCAACAUCCACAUCAACCACCGCCCCCGUCCAAACCACCCCCAACCCUGCUGCCACAAGCAACGCUCCUCUCUCCGAAACUUCAAGCGGCUUAGAUUCCGGCGCCAAAAUUGGAAUUGGCGUCGCCAUACCCGCUGCUGCCGUGUUGGGUGCCAUUGCGGGUUAUUUCAUACUCAGGAGGCGGAGAAGGAUGGUCCAGCCUCCGGUCGCGCCCGCAUACCACGACGACAACCCCUAUAACGGCAUGGGAGGGGGGAACUGGGAGCCGUAUUCAGAAAAGCGGCCAGGGCUAUCAAUACCAGCGGCAUAUGGCCAUAGUGACAACCCCAAGUACUACAACCCAGCGGAGCUGAACGUUAUUCAGGAGCCGCGCAGAGUGUUUGAGUUGCCUGGGAGCUAG